AGAAAUCUGAACGCCUUCACUACGUGCAUUUUCAUCGACUGCUGUGCCUCACACAACUCAGGGCAGUCGCAAUUCGGAGUCCAAUAUACAAUCAAAAGAAACACAGAGCGUUUCUAUCAAAGCUUCUUGGCCGCAAUAAACGUUCCCAGAUCCGCAUCUCUACCAACGAUUAAGGAAGACAAACAGAACGGUGUUGUGCAGCUGCAGAGAUACUGGGGGACGAAGAACCCCGUACAGACUGCUUGCCUUUAAUUUUGUUGCGCUUCUAUUUGGUUUACCACUGUUCUCGCCAGUGUGAUAAUUCUAUUUUGCUUUUCUUUUCGUUCCCACUUUUGACUUGCGGUGGAACCUGUUUCUCGUGUGUGUGUGUCUUCUAUUGUUUUCCAUCUGUGCAGUGGCCGUUUAAUUGGAGUGUCUUUUUUCUUGGCGUCCGUGGUAUAGGCACUCUUUCACCACCGCAUCUGACUGCUUCUCCUCCUGGCUCCCUGGCGUCUCACGCACACGUACUCACGCGACACAGAUAGUUUGGUUACCGAAGAAAGAAAAGCACGCACAAGCACAAUCUAGUAGGGUGGUACAGCUGUCCCUGGCCCAGGAAAGAACGUUGGUGCAAUUCCGUUGAGAUAUCAACAAGUCGUGCUUGGAAGACACGUCUUGGUUCCCUCUCGACAAAGCUUUUACUGCUCUUCCACCGUAAACAGUAUUUCCCUUUUUUUUUCGUUCGAUCUUUUGUAUUCAACCUGCGUCCUUCUGUCUCGAACGUAUUUACCUGAAAAGCAUUCGCUGUGCCUUUACAUAUAUAUACCCGUACUGUAUGUGGAUGCGCGGGGGCUCUCUAUUGUGCGGAACUUGAGACAAUUGUCUCUCUCUCUUUUGUAGGCUUCUCUGUUUUUGUGAGCGCGUCUGUUAUCAAGGUAGGGUAAUUGAGUUCAGACUCCUUCAUUUAUUUUUGAUUAAUACUCUUCGUCUCCUAAAGCUUUUGGCUUUUCGUUAGCUUUCUUCUACAUCGUCUUCACGUCUCUGGUGAUACAGCUCGCGUUCUUCAGAAGGUAGCAGCUCUUUGAUAGACUACAAACCCUUCUUUUAUCUGAUCUCUUUCGCACCUUCUUUUCGAUCUUCUGGUAGAGCUUUUUCGCCUUUCUCUUUUCAUUUCCUUAUCUUCUGCGGACUUCCCCCCCCCUUCUCUUUUGUCGAGCUCAUAAUACUUGCCGCUUUGGACGCAAGUAGCUUCCGCGUUUCGCUUUUGUCUCUUUCUUUUUAACUAUCGGCGGUUUUGUUGCUUAUGUUGGUUAGUGUGCCUUUGCGCCGUACGCAGCCGCAGCGUUGACACGUCUGUUCUUUUUUUUUUCUUCUUUCCUUUUCCCCCGGUUGUCUUAGAAUACCCGUGUGUCGCUUGUCCUGCUGGCCGUAAUCGCCGCCUUCCAUUCACCUUCAACACCCAUUGCACGCAGACGAAGGGAGCGCGUCGCAAGGUGCUUUUUUGAAAAGGGAAAAAAUAAUAAUCACUAGUUGCGAAGACAGGCGAAGGCGGAGCAGAGACUUCCUGCCGUAAAAGUGAGGCGCAUUUUGCAGCGCGAUAAGCCUGUCAGCCGCUUUUCUUUCCCUCUUUUGCUUCACUACCGAUACUACCAAUUCAUUUCAUUUUUUCUUCCCCGGCUGGUCUCCUCACCUCUGCUGCGCCUCAGCUACUCAGCUUUUGUUAUUGCACACCCGAAGCGGACCUGCAUCAAAAAAGAAGAAUAAUCCUCUUUCAACUUCAAAAAAAAACUCGUACGCCGCCCUCGCACGGUGCUAACGAGCAGUGAAAUAUAUACCCGCCUGAAAAGGAGACAUUGGCGACAGCAGAAAGAAGGAAAGAGGAAUCGCGGAAUAAGUGCAGUGCUUCUCCUCUCUUUAGCUGCUCCUCCCCCCUCCAUCAGCAAGAACAUUUUUCUGUUUUUCCUUCUGUGCUUUCUUCGCGCGUUCCAUUUUUUGUUUUGUUUCUGUUUCCUUUGAAGAAGUUAUAUACGCUGGUGUUGCUUUUUGUGUUUUUCUUAUCUUCGGCGAUUUAUCUUCUAGCAGCGUUGACGAAGACGCGUGGCGUACGCAAACGCGUUUGGUGAGCGUCCUGCACUGUUGCUACCCUUCUGUGUAAUGGAGACUAACCGAGUGUCUCCAGCCAAAUGGGUGAGCCGACGGACCCUCGAUAGCCAGGCCCACAAUCGCGACCACAGCGCUGGCAUGCAACCCACACGCGGCCAAACUCCGCAGGGCAACAUCGACAACGCUAACACAAGUAAUAAUUGUAACAUGGACCGGCGCAAGUACGGAAACACAGACGCCGCCGCGUCCAGCGCGGCCAACACGCGUUGUGGUGGCGGUGGUGGGAACGGCGGCAGCGGAGCCUAUCGCACCAGCUCCGGCAACCGGUUUGGCACCUCCAACUCCAGCAGCAGCGCCAACGGGACGUGGAGCAGUAUCACCUCCAACCCGGCUAGCAGCAUCAACAAACUCAACCACCACGGCAUGGGGUACGCCGCGAGCACACUCAACUCGCACCCGCCUCACAACCCCGGCAGCCACCACCACAACGGCGGCAACGGCAGCGGCAACGGCGGCCGUCGUGCGUACGGCAACGGCGGCAGCGGAGGCUACGGCGAAGCUGCCGAGGCAACGAUGCCGCCACCACCGCGGAGCGUGCAGAUGAGUCAGGGCACCUUGGUGUCGCAUUCCUCCGCCACCGCCCGCGACCUCAUCCCGCAGCCCCGCCACGCCAGAGGGAACAGCAACACCGCAGGCAACGCGCCGAGGCCGAUGGACAACCCCGCCAACUCCGGCGCACUCGACACGACCACCGGGACACGGCGUUGGGCGUCCUCGACGUCCACUCCGACGCCGCGAAGCGGGCACGGCAAUCUCGCUGCUGUCGCUGCCAUCGCCCAUCACGACCCGCACGCCAACAUGGCUGCGCUGCGGACGUCGCCGUCUUCGCCGUUUACCACGGUGUCGAGCGCGGACGCACGAAGCCCUCCCGCCCUGCCGCUUCCGCCGCCCGCUUCGGCUGACGUGGCGGUCCUUGGUGAGGGGGGCGCUGUGCGUCGACCGGGCAGCAACCUAAGUGCCAACACUAGCAGCAAUGCGAUGCCGCUCCCUCCUACUGUACCGCCGUCACUGAACAGCGCCGCGUUGGCCACACAAUCGUACUCCACCGGCGGCAACAUCGCCAAGCCGGCGCUGGCGUCGCCCCUCGAUGCCCUCCACAUCAGCGAGCACCUCAUCUUCGACACCCGCGACUUCGACGAGCCGGCGGCCAUCCAACCCUCGGAGAUCGAAGCGCUGCUCGGGCAGGUGGAGCGCAGCACUGCGGCUGCCGCGAAGGCGCCGAAGGAGGCGUCCAUGGGCGGCUCGCUGCGGGAGCGUCGCUCCGUGGCCGACUGGGGCAUCGAGGAGGCGAUCAAGUCGGUGCUGCCCGGCAUGGACGAGGACGACAACUCUGACGACAUGCAGGGCCCCAACGUUCUCACCGGCAGCACAGCGGCCAUCUCCGGCAACUGGCACACCUCCGGCGAGCCGGACGCGCAACAGGCGGUUGGUGCCGGUUUGGUGGCCGAUUUCCCGACCUCGUUUGCCGCCUCCUUCUCGGAACCCGUCAGUGCCGUGCUCGGCUCGCCCUUCUCCGGAGAACCGGCGCCCAACACGAUGGACAACUUGAGCCGCGCAUUCAGCACCGCGGUGCGGGUCGACUCCUCCUCCUUCACCACCUCCCCUGCGACGACGACGGCGGCCACCCCGCUGCAUCUUCCGCAGUAUACGAGCCCGGACGAAGUCAUCACGAUGCCGCCCUCCCUCCGCGAGGUGUCCGCGCCACCCAGUGCCUUCAGCCCUCAGCUGCACUCCUCCUCGCCCGCCCACGCGCCGGCGGGAGCUGCGGCAUCCCUGCACAAGGAGCCGGUGGCGGCGAGGGCGGAGACGACGCACGACGGCGCCAGCGCGACCGCCGAUCUCCUCUCCUUCUUCGCGCAGGCCCCACCGGCGGUCACGUCUCCGUGGCUGUCCGCCGGGACGGGCGAGGGAGGCGCCGGCGCCGCGGCAGGCGUCGAUCUCACCGUCCCCAAGGCCCCGAGCGGCGGCGGCGCUGAGAAGCCGGCGGAGACGCGACCCUCUCGCCUGCAGUCGAUAAUGAUGAAGAACGGCAGCAUCGACAGCAGCUUCGGUCUCACCGCGUCCAUCAGCGCUAGCACCCCCUCCGUGCCCCCCACCCGCCAAUCCACCGUCACCACGUCGGCCACGAAUUCACCGUCGCUGCGGAAGGAGGCGUCGACGCCGUUGUCGACGACCCGCGCGCAGGCGUACACGAGUGGCGGCGCCCGUCCCCAGCGCCCGUCGCUCUCCGCGCCGCUCGUGAACCGCCAGACCAUCAUGCAGAUCUUCCGCGAAACGCCACAGUCGCUGCAGCGGAAGGAGCGGAUGGUGUACAACCGCGAGCACAGCCCGCAGGCGCUCUGCAAGGACCCGCACUGGCCGCCGCGGAACAACAUCGAGGCAGAGGACAUGCUGCGCGCCCGCAGUGCCUCGAAGUUGCAGCGCCACCUCACCAUCGUCUGCUUCUCGCGUCAAAACGUCGCCGGGGUGCAGGAGCUGUUCGACACGUGGGCGAAGAACGGAAUCCCGGCGCCGGACAUGGGCUUUGGCGCCUACUACUACUACGUGAAGGAGAAGAGCGAGAAGCUGCUGUGCAUGAAGCACAACGGGCGCGGCCCCUCGCCGGGGCACGGCUAUGGCCGCUGCGACUUCGAGAGCCGCCGCCCCUAUAGCACGUGCCGCUACGAACACGUGUGCCUCUUCUGCCGCUCGAAGGAGCACGGCUGGUUUGAGGAAGGUAAAUGCGAUGGGUAUCAGCAGCUGCUGGCCGAGAUGGAGAAGCUCGGCGUCGUCGAGGAGGACGUGGUAGUGUUGCUGAAUGCGCUGGAGAAGAACGUGAAGCCGGCACCGCUUCGCUGA